GGAACUAUAAUCUAUAAUACUAUGAUUGGCUCGCCGUGGGGAAUACGUUCCCAUGAUGCAUCUCUCUGGGACGCAAGACUGUAGCGAUGUCGGGGGCUGAAUGUAUACCUGUGAAAGCUGUCAUAAUUCCGGGAAACGGGGCAGGAAAUGUAGAGCGCUGUCUGUGGUAUGGAUGGACCAAAAAGAGGUUGGAAAAGAUUCCAAAUUUUAGGUGUUUGCUUAAAAACAUGCCAGAUCCAUUUACAGCAAGAGAAAAUAUAUGGCUGCCGUUUAUGGAAUCAGAGUUGGAAUGUGAUGACAAAACCAUAAUAAUCGGACACAGCUCUGGAGCUGCUGCAGCUAUGAGGUUUGCUGAAACACACAAGGUUUAUGCCAUUAUUUUAGUGUCUGCCUAUACCUCGGACUUGGGAGAUGAAAAUGAGAAAGAAAGUGGCUAUUUCAGCCGGCCAUGGCAAUGGGAGAAGAUAAAAAACAACUGUGGUCAUAUCAUUCAGUUUGGUUCCACCGAUGAUCCAUUCUUGCCAUGGCAUGAACAGCAGUUAGUGGCUGAAGUUCUAUCCGCAGAGCUGCACAAAUAUACGGACCGUGGGCACUUUCAGAACACUGAAUUUAAUGAACUGUUGAGUGCAGUGAAGAAACUCAUACCUGCUACCUCUUAAAUAUGGUCUCCUGCAAGUUGUACAUUCCUGUUGUUACAUUUGUUAAGCCUUACACAGACUGCCCCUGAGAAUGGAAUAAAUAAAUCAUUUAUUUAUAUAAAGUAA